AGUCUCGCUCCGGCCGUCGAGAGUCGCACGCGAGUGAGUGAAGACUACCCGAAAGAACCGAGCUUCACUCAGUCUGUCUGCGGGCGUCCGUCAAGCAGACAUCUUCGGCUCUCUUGCCCUCUCCGACCCCAUCGUCGUCCUCCCUCUCGUGUCUCGAGGGCAUCGCGGAAGACACAUGUCGUCGGCUGGUGCAGCUGCUACCGACUUAACCCGCGUCCGUGCGCAUUGACGUUAACAUACAGAUCUAGCGAUCGUUAAGCCAGUGUAGUACAUCUUCGCGUCGUGUGUGCGAUCCACGGUUUUUCACGAUCCGCGUAAAUCAUAUAUGAGAGUGACUCGAAAAACACGGUGACGAAGUGUUUAGCAGUGCAAUCCGGUGAUAUGAAUCCGGCGGACAAGAUGCAGUUGACGAGGCUACUCUGGAGCUUCAUCGGGCUUGUUGUCAUCGGUUCUCCACCCCGGCAUGUCGUCGACGGUUUCAACGUCGAAACAAAACACUACGCGGUGUACCGCAUGGAGGAGAGGUCCAUGUUCGGCUUCUCUGUGUCGACGUAUCGUGACAAGUUCGCCCGCGGAUGGGCGAUCGUGGGUGCUCCGGAAGCCGAAACUUCGCAAAACAGUGUUUACCGAGGAGGUGCAGUCUAUAAAUGCGAUAUCGCGGCUGACGAUAGAUGCAACUUAAUCCACUUCGACGAUAAAGGACACAAUCACGUCAGAAACCCAAGUGUGGUCAGUGGCUUGAGUCAAAUCGACAACAAGACGUUGCAGUGGUUUGGCGCCACGGUUUCAGCCUCUAGCAAGGACGGAGGCCCGAUUCUGGCAUGUGCGCCCAGGUACAUCUGGUUCUCCGUGUCGCAGCCCAAAUACGAUCCCGAUGACACCCGAUGGAGCAAGGAAUCCACGGUGGGCAACAGAAGAGAGCCGGUGGGCACGUGCUGGGUCGUCGCUAAUAAUUUCAAUCAAUCUCAGGAAUUUUCCCCUUGUCGCACGAGGUACUGGGGCUACCACAGGCAGGGUUCUUGCCAGGCUGGUUUAGGAGCCGCGAUGUCUAAGAAUGGCGAGAGACUCUUUAUAGGAGCGCCAGGCAGUUACUACUGGCAAGGUCAGGUAUACUCGGUCGCCACCGCCAUGAAGUUGAAGUUCGUGGCGACGAUGUUAGUCACCGAAGCGGAAGCAUCAGGACAAGCAUUCUCGCAGCCCUUGAACAGUCGAUCGAAAAUAAUGUUCACGAAAGAGGGUCCCGCGAAGGAGGACGACAGCUAUAUGGGUUAUUCCGUUGCGACGGGAGAUUUUAUUGGGAACGGCGAUAGCGGUACAGCGAUCGGAGUUCCGCGCGGUUCCGAUCUUCUGGGAAAGGUCAUACUUUUUACGUCCAACAUGACGAAUCCUCGAAAUGUCACCGGCGAACAGAUGGGCGCUUACUUUGGUUACGCCGUGGCUUCUGGCGAUAUAGACGGAGAUGGGUUGGAUGACCUGAUAGUCGGUGCACCCAUGUACACCGUCCCAGAUAACCCGGAAAUGACCAUCGAGACUGGAAGGAUCUACGUUAUCUAUCAGGGCAACAGUGCGGAGAAGUUUCGCAAGUUCGAUACGAGAGACGGCGGGAGCAAUCGCGGACGUUUCGGCUUGUCGCUGGCCUCUCUCGGGGACAUCGACCGUGACGGUUACGGUGACUUCGUCGUCGGCGCGCCCUACGCUGGUCCAAACGGUCGCGGUGCCGUCUACAUCUAUCACGGCUCGCGGACCGGCGUACUGGAGAAGUACUCCCAGGUGAUCCAUGCGGAGGAUCUGGACAAUCCGGUGCAGACCUUCGGAUUUUCUGUGGCUGGCGGGCUCGACCUCGACGGCAACGUCUAUCCGGAUCUGGUGGUCGGCGCGUACGAGUCGGGAGCAGCAAUGUUCUUCAGAUCGCGGCCCGUCAUUAAAAUGGAUUCCUUUGUGACCUUCGACUCUGAAUCGAAGCUGAUCUCUUUGGACAAUAGAAACUGCACGCUCUCGGAUCACACCAGGGUCACGUGUCUUUCGCUCAAGGCAUGCUUCAGGUACUCGGGAGAGGGUGUUCUUAUGAGGCACAAUUUCAAUAUACAGUAUGUGCUCGACGUGAAGAAGACGAAGAAUCCGAGAUUAUUCUUCCUGGAAUCGGAAAGCAAAAGUACGAUGAAUCAUACGAUCACGGUCGAACGCGACCGUCAAUUCUGUCGCACGGUCCAAGUCUAUGUGACUCCCAAUAUCCGCGACAAGUUAACAUCGUUGGACGCCGAGAUGCGCAUGAGUCUGGAAGGAGAACGAAGCCCGGAUAAUCGCCGUCGUGAUCCGAGGAUACCGCUGAGGCCAGUUCUCGGCGUGACGACCUCCAGGAAGGACACUCUCUCUAUCAGGAAGAACUGCGGUCCCGACAACAUCUGCAUACCCGACUUGCAGCUCACCGUCAAUUCCAACGUCGGCAGAUACUUACUGGGAUCCGGCAAGAGAUUGGAGCUCGAAGUGCUGGUUCAGAACGCGGGCGAGGACGCGUUCGAGGCGACGUACAAUCUGCAGCUGCCGACCGGCAUCGACUAUAUCAAGAUCGAGCGCAGCGAAACCAUCCCUUUCCCGGGGAUCCCCGUUCAGUGUUCCGCGCCUAAACAGUCCAACAACAAUACUUUACGCUGUGAUAUCGGAAAUCCACUGCCUAAGAAUGAAUUGGUAAAGUUCAAGGUGUUGCUUCAGCCUGUGACGUCUCACGGGAUGAAACCCAUCUACGAGUUUGAUAUGAAUGUCAACACAACGAAUCCCGAAGACGACGCAACCACCCGUGACAACAACCACCAUUUGUCCUUACCGAUCUGGAUAGAGACUGAUUUGCGCGUCGACGGCGAGAGCAAGCCCAAGGAUCUGUACUACAAUCCUGACAAUUACACUGCCGUGAAUGUUACGACGGAGCUCGAAUUCGGGCCUGCGGUGACGCAUAAUUAUACGAUUCGCAAUCAAGGCCCGUCGGACAUCAUCGAGGCCGAGGCGUUCCUCGUGUGGCCCGCGCAGACUUUAUCUGGAAAAGAACUGCUGUACCUACUGGAACAACCGGAGACUGCGGGACUGAUUGCUUGCGAACCUGCCAACGCGAAUUACCUUAGUUUGAAGCUGGAUCAGCGCAGAAGAGUGCAUUUAAAUUACGCCGACUUCUCUGGCGUGAUCCUAGACGAGUCGCAAUCAGGCGGAACGAUCAACAUUCAGAGAGGUUUCGAGGUAGACCGCAACAAAGCGAACCAGAAAGAAGAAGCCGAAAUCAACAGUGGCGACAGCUCGAAUAUUCAAAAAUCACGGCAUUCCUCCUCGUCGUCCUCCUCCUCUUCUUCUUCGAGCACGGUCACCGAAACAAAAAGGAUUCAAUUGAAUCCGACAGGGGAAAAGCCCGAAGUGCUCACUACAACAUAUACACAGAAUUCUUCCGGAACUAACUCGAUAGGUGCUGCUGAUUUAUCCAGCAAUCGCGGCGCCGUUUUCCACGCGGAAUCCGGCGGUAGUUACGGUUCCACUUUGGGUGGAGGAUUCCGCGAGAGCGAAGAGGAAUCCUUCGGCUCGAGGCUAUCCGAUCUUGAAAAGCCCUACGGAGCUCAUGUGAAUCGUUCUUCCGCCAGGAUAGAAAAUCGCUGGGACGAGAGCAGUGAAGUGCACGGUGGUCGUACAACCUUAUCUUCGGGAAGAACCCACUCGAUCCUGACCGAGAGCGAGAGGCGGUAUCAGGAACUGUUGCGGCAGCAGGAAGAGGCCCGUUUACGCCAAGAGCAAGAAGCUCGCCAAAGGAAAGAGCAAGAGCAAGAAGAGGCGCGUCUAAUACAGCGUCAUCGGGAAGAGCAGGAACGUAUCUUGGUUUUGCAACGUCGUCGUGAAGAGGAGGAGCGACGUCGGCAGGAGGAGGAACGACGCCGGCAGGAAGAGGAAAAACGCCGAGAGGAGGACGAACAACGUCGAUACGAAGCGGAACGACAAAGGGAGGUGGAAGAACAACGAAGACAGCAAAAGGAACAACGGCUGCAGGAAGAGAGGGAACAUCGGUACAACUACGAUGAGGAAAAACGCUAUGGCACAAUCUCGGGUGGCCAACACCGAACUACGGAAAGUGAUUUCAUCACCGGCGAUCGCGAAGAAACAGUUGGAGGAGGGGAAUUUGGUUUUCGAACGUUGCACAAUGUCAGUUCCACGCAAGAACUCGAGCGACUCUUCGGCACCUUGUCGAAAGACAGGGCUAGUUAUCAGGUGUUCACCAGGCAAGGACAGCAGUAUGUGCAAUUCAAAGCUAGAUUCAGGACGUCCGCUGAUAGGAAGGAGUAUAUAGAGUUCCAAGACGGCUCUAUGUUCUCUCUUCAGGAUCGUUAUGGCGGGCAGAGCUAUGUCUCGGAAUCCAUAGAGCCUCGCGACAGUCGAUUUCUCAGGAUGGAAGGUCGGCUGCUUAUCACCCCGGACGGUAAAAGAUAUAUCGUGCUGAAAGACGGUCGAAGAUUCCCUCUUCAGGGCUCCUUCACGUACACUGAAGAGAGAACGUACACCCUGCGCGGUCCACAGGAUGAUUAUCAAGGUGGCAGUACCGAUAAUCAAGGUCAAAGGACUUACGGCCAAUCUUGGCGUGAAGAGUCAUCCAGUCAUGGUGCAACUUCGGACGGAGGUUACGAAAGCAAGUACAAUACGCGCACACACGAGGAGAAACGAACGGAGGAGAGAACAAGCAAUACCAGAGUCUACGGAAGAGAUCGGUAUAACGAUGAUUUCCACACCGAAAAAUCAGAUCCUAAUCUUCUGAGCUCGAGAUAUAGACGCGAGAGCGACAUGGUCGAUGUUGAAGAGUUCAAGAAGUUCGAGCGGCUCCACAGACAUCGACGAGACCUCGAAACGGAGGACUUUCUGUCGAGUAAACCUACGUUCCAAAGCGACGAUUAUUAUGAGAACGACCCCGAAUCGCUGGAACCGAUUCAACCUUGCGAUGGCACGAAGUGCGUGAUGUUGCGAUGCGUGCUGGGUCCGUUGAAGAAAGAUCAGGAGGUCUGGAUCGGCGCGAGGUAUCGCGUGAACGCCAAGACCCUGAAAGAAGUUGCGUUCGAGGAGAAGGUGAAGGUGUCGACGAAGCUGGUGGCGCGCGUCACGAAGCAACCGUUCAUCGGUACACCCACGCAACAAGUCAUCAGGAGCGAUGAAGUUAUCACGAAUAUCGAACCCAGCGUAUCACCUUCCACCCCGGACAUCAUUCCAGUAUGGGUGGUGGUUCUGUCGGCCUGCGCGGGAAUGAUAAUCCUGUUGCUGCUCGUCUACUUGCUUCACAAGUGCGGAUUCUUCAAGAGGAACAGACCUUCCGACGCCCCAGAGAGGCAACCGUUGAACCGAAACGGCCACUUCCAGCAAGGCGAGGAACACUGAAUGGCCUUUUCUUCCGCCUUUGUUUUGUCGAAGCUUUCGACACUCCGGCUAUACCGGAUCGAAUUGUAGGCGAGUCGAAAACCUCGGCUACAUGGUCGAACCACGAAAAGUGCCUUGGUCUUCGGAUAAUCAAGUGAGCGCACAUUGCGUGGAUUCAUUCGGUGUAGUCUGCGGACGCGGCUUUGAUUUCUCCCGAACAUCUCGAUAGCAUAUCUCAUUAGUGCCUUAAUCCGCGUUCAGGCAAGACGAGUGCUGAGGUGCGUUGAAACGUCGAUUCUGAAUGACUAUAGAUUCGUCACUCGUAUACUGCCACUGAAUACUCCUUCCAGCUCCUGCAGCUCGACCAUGCAAGUUUCUAGUCAGGAGACGUUCUUCUUUUUUUUUUUAUUACCUGUAAUUACUUAAGCCGUGCGUAUAGUCGGCGGAUACGAAUGAAUAUCUUGACAUUCUUCGACGAAAAUCGUAUCUUCAUGUAUAUAAGUAUAUAUAUAUGUUAUUUUUUGUACCGUUAUCCGCGGUAGAGCGCCUUAAUACGUGCCUCGUUGCUUCCGCUGCUUUUUCACGGUAGAAUAGAAUUAAUUAUUUUUCUAUACGCGUUCGAUCUCUAAAACGAUCUCGUAUCUCGCCGAGUUGGGUUUGGAGUUCGUUCAGUGCCGAAAAUGUCACCGUAGAACUCUUCUGCAAGACUCCUUUUAUACGAGACAUUCGAUGACUGAACACUGAACGCUAUUAUUUGUUUAGUGCUCUGUCAGCAGCGUUUCGAAUUAUGACUCGUCUAAAAGGGAUCUCAAUCUCUUUCGAAAGCAGUCUCGAAAGCGCACGGGGCUUUCUGAUUAUUUAUUAAAUUUCUAUGUCAUAAUGCAUAACAUACGCUUGAGCGUCGUAACAAUAGCGUGGCUUGCUGUCACGCGUGCAAGGUGAAUGUGUGUACAAUCUGUAAAUUAUUAAUUUUCGCGUUACUAAAGCUAUCCAUAAAAAAUGGCUUCUUAAUGCAAUAACAUCCAAUUAGAAAGAAAACUUUCUUAUAUGAAUAGGAAACUUUCUGUAUGAAUAGGAAACUAGAACUGACUUGUACAUACAACGUUAAGAUAUAAUAUUAAAAAAAAUAUACAUAUAAUGACAUUAACAUUA